UUUUAAAUGUUCCGACAAAGCUGAAGACAAGCGUGUAUUAAAAACAUGCCUACGGUAACUAAUGAAGCAGCUCAGUGUCCAUUACCGCGGUACUAGUUUGUGCUACAGUUAACGUCAAGUUUGGCUUAUCAACGCGACCCCAAAACACAGCCAGUGUUCAAGCUUUUACAUCAUCCUCGUUAUAUAAACGGUGUACAAAAUGUUAAGGAGUCUAGUAAGGAUAUCCAGGGUCUGUCAGAGCCUCGGUUCACUCCCAGCUGUUCAGACUCAGCUCGGCCAUCCGGCUGUACGGACCAUGUCGACACUGCCCUGGCCCUUUAACUCUGAACCCCGGGACUUCAGCCUACCUAACUCCUCAUGGAGCUCAGAAAUGACACGGUUGUACGAGCACUACAACAGCCAGUGUGAGGUGGAGACAGAGGAUGGACAGAAACAGAGAGGGCCAUGGAGGAGACUGCCAAGCUACAAUCGCUCCCUUAAGUAUGCUAUAGGUGGAGUGUAUCUGAGUAAGUUUAUCCAGUCAAAGGCCCGUCUUUUUACCCGUAACAUCAAAACUGCAGGGGCAGCAUUUGAGUAUGUUAUGUUCAUUAACAAAGAGGAGCAGAGAUCUGUGUGCAUUUUCCAGGCUGGACACCUGCUGGAAGGACCACCAGGACAUGUCCACGGGGGGGCAAUAGCCACUAUGAUUGACUCAGUGACAGGGACUCAUGCUACUUACCUCUCUGGACCUGUAAUGACUGCCAACCUCAACAUCAAUUACCGCAGCCCCAUCCCACUGGGAAGUACAGUGCUGCUUGAAUCCUGCCUGGAUAAGAAGGAAGGCAGAAAGACAUUUAUCUCAUGUAAAGUGACCAGCACCGAUAGCUCCAAACUGCACACAGACGCAACAGCACUGUUCCUGUCAGUCAGUGUCAGCCACCUACUGGGAGCGUGACACAAGCACUUCAGCCUGCCACCUAACCAAACACUGGGUGUCAGCAAAGACAGGCCACAACCAGUGUUUGUGUGUGUGUGUGUGUGUGAGAGAGAGAAUGCGUGAGUGUAUCAUCAGUUUGGAGUAUUUUUUGGGAGUGUGGGUACAGAUUUUUAUUCAACCUUAAUGUUAUUAAACCUUAAUAUUUAUGCAUCUUGUGGUGCAAUGUUAAAUGUUACUACUAACAAAGUGUACUGACUCACAAAAUACGUUUUAAUAAACUACCUCUGCUUAAUAAUGCAUCGGCAGUACAUAUCAUAACCGUUAUUAUUAAACUAUGGACUAUUUAUUGUGACUUUGCCAGUAUUUAUGGUUUUAUGUAAUGAGAUCAUUGCUCAGAAUGUACUGUACAUGAAUAUUUGGUUUCCUACAAUAAAGCCUUAC